UCUCUCUCGCCGGCUUUGACUAAAGGCGGACAAGGAACCGGCAUUUUGGCUUCAGCUUUCAACCGGCUUCCUCCCUUUUCUCACACACAGCUCUACAUCCGAGCGUCAGGCGUCUCAUUUUUUUUUUUCUCUCCCCCUUUCUCCUCUUCGCUUUUUGAAUGAUGCCUGGUUACGAUAGAGGCGACCGUAGUCGGGAGCGUGGCGGGUUCGGUUCGGGUGGACCUCGCUUCGGCGGUAGUAGGAACGCGCCUCCUCCCGGCAGGAAAUUUGGGCAACCGGGGGAGAAGCUGAGGAAGAGAAAAUGGGACUUGGAGGAGCUGCCCAAAUUCGAGAAGAACUUCUACGUCGAGCACAUUGACGUGCUGAACCGACCUGUGCAAGAAAUUGAACAAUACAGAAGAAGCAAAGAAAUCACAGUAAAAGGACUUGGUUGUCCUAAACCAGUUUUCAACUUUGUUGAAGCAAGUUUUCCAACAUAUGUAUUGGAUGUUUUGAUGCAGCAAAAUUUCACAGAACCAACUGCUAUUCAGGCUCAAGGUUGGCCUGUUGCACUUAGUGGCAAGGACAUGGUUGGAAUUGCACAGACUGGAUCUGGUAAAACACUUGCUUACUUGCUGCCUGCAAUUGUCCACAUAAAUCACCAGCCUUUCCUGGAACGUGGAGAUGGUCCUAUAUGUCUAGUACUGGCACCCACCAGAGAGCUGGCUCAACAAGUACAACAUGUGGCACAUGAUUAUGGAAGAGCAUCCCGUCUAAAAUCAACAUGUAUUUAUGGAGGAGCGCCAAAGGGCCCACAGAUUCGGGAUCUUGAAAGAGGUGUGGAAAUCUGUAUUGCAACACCUGGUAGGUUGAUAGACUUUUUGGAAGCUGGAAAGACUAAUCUCAGAAGAUGUACAUAUCUGGUACUUGAUGAAGCAGAUCGCAUGCUUGACAUGGGCUUUGAACCACAGAUCAGGAAAAUUGUCGAACAGAUCCGGCCUGACAGACAAACUUUGAUGUGGAGUGCAACUUGGCCCAAAGAGGUUCGACAGUUGGCUGAAGAUUUCUUGAAGGAAUAUGUUCAGAUUAACAUUGGUGCAUUGGAACUUAGUGCCAAUCAUAACAUCUUGCAGAUUAUAGAUGUGUGCCAAGAGGUUGAGAAAGAUGAUAAGUUGCUGAGGUUGAUGGAGGAAAUAAUGAGUGAAAAAGAAAACAAAACUAUCAUUUUUGUGGAGACCAAACGGAGAUGUGAUGAGCUUACAAGGCGAAUGAGAAGGGAUGGAUGGCCAGCAAUGUGUAUUCAUGGUGACAAGAGUCAGCCAGAACGUGACUGGGUUCUAAAUGAGUUUCGGUCAGGCAAAGCACCAAUCCUUAUUGCCACAGAUGUUGCUUCUAGAGGUUUAGAUGUUGAAGAUGUGAAAUUUGUCAUCAAUUAUGACUACCCUAACUCCUCUGAAGACUAUAUUCACCGCAUUGGGCGAACUGCCCGCAGUUCCAAAACUGGCACCGCUUACACGUUCUUUACUCCUGGCAACAUAAAGCAAGCAAAUGACCUUAUCUCUGUGCUUCGUGAAGCAAAUCAGGCUAUCAACCCAAAGCUAAUACAGAUGGUAGAAGACAGAGGUUCAGGUCGUUCCAGGGGUAGGGGUGGCUAUAAAGAUGAUCGCCGUGAUGACAGAAGAGACAGAUUCUCUGGUUCCAACAGGGGUGGGGGUUAUAAUGGUUUUAGGAAUAGGGAUAGCUUGGACAGGGUAUAUGGACCAGGAGGCAGGGAGAAUGGUUUUAACUCUCAAAGUUACCCCUCAGCCAGCCAAAAUGCCUUUGGUUCUGGGAAAUUCAGCUCCACGAACAAUUUUGGAAGUAUGUCUAGGUUUGGAAAUUCCUCCAGUUAUCCGGGAUCUGUGAACCAGGGAGCUGGUUCAUAUGGCAAUCAGAGUCAAAAUGGUUACAAGGCUAUCGGUGGCAAAGUGCAGCAGUUUGGAAGUGGUCAUUCUGGUCCUAAUGCCUUGCAGAGCAAUGGCAUUGGUCAGCAACCAUCUGUGGGAGCUCAGUAUCAGUAUCCACCCCCACCUUUAAUGGGAAUGGGUUUCCAGGCACAGACUGGUUACCCAAUGCCUCUUGCAUAUGGAGGAAUGCAGAAGUAACUUAUUGAACUAGGUGUUGAGUUUUUUCAUUCUCUUCUGACUUGUACUGUACCUUUUUUUUUGUUUGAGGAGAGGAUGAGAAAGUUCUUUAAGAUUAGAAACCAUUGAUAUUCCAGGAAAGACUGCAGUGCAGCAGUAGGAUUGGUGCACUUUUCCCCACUAUUUAAUUUUUUUUGUUACUUUACAUUCCUUGGAAAUUUUUUGUUAGUGUUUUUCUAUUAGAAUGGCAGAUUGAUAUUAUACAAGUUUAACUUAUGCAUAAAAGUACCACAGCGUAUGUAAAGAUGCAUGUCCUUCCAGUAAGGAAGUUUGAAAGUCUUGGAGUUCUGUAUGUAUGUAACUGCCAAAGUGUCAUUUUAAAUAAAAAAUUUAAAAAAUGGG